AUUUUUAAAGUGAUGCGAUAGCCGCAUUGGUUAUUCCAUCGUUAGCUCUCACGCUCACGCACACUUUUCUCCGAUCCUUCUUAGUGUUGCGUUUGCGCCAAGUGCUGUUGUUAAAAGUUGAAUUUCUAAAGUGAUAUCUAACUUAAACAGCAUCUCAAAGAGCACGUAACGCCAACAGAAAGGAAAAGCAGAGCUCUAAGAUACAUUGGAACUUGCGUUCAAGCGGAAACCAAAUUAAAAACCACCAAAAUGUCAGACUGGGACGAUGAGCCCUCUGCGCAAACUAGUCGCGGCGGUGGAGAUUGGGAUGGUGCCGCGUCUAACAAGCCUGGGGAAGAAGUAUCCGAAUGGAGCGAUGAUGAGCACAAGGGCAAGAGCUUCGGCGGCGGAGGCAGAGGAGGAGAUGGAGCAGGCUAUCGAGGAGGAAAUCGAGAUGGGGAUAGAGAUGGAGGGGGUUUCCGCGGAGGACGUCACGAAGGAGGCGGCGGAUUUCGUGGUCGUCGCGACGACAAUGAGGAUGGUGAAGAACGUCGUGGAGGACGCGGAGGAGGCUUCAAUCGGGAGCGCGGUGAACGUGGCGAGAAAGGAGAAGGUGGUUUUGAGAGGCGCCGUCGAAAUGAUGAUGAUGUUAACAAUAACAAUGAUAUUAUCGAAGACGGCGAGAAGAAGCGAGAAUUUUACAUUCCCCCAGAGCCGACUAACGAUGCAACUGAGAUCUUCAGCAGUGGCAUUACUUCAGGCAUUAAUUUUUCUAAAUAUGACAACAUUCCCGUUAAGGUGAGCGGCGAGAAUGUUCCCAAAGCCAUUAGGAACUUUGAACAUGCUCAAUUACGUGAUAUUAUCAGAGAGAAUGUUACGAAAUCGGGCUACAAGGUUCCGACUCCAAUUCAGAAAGUUUCAAUACCGGUGAUUGUCGCUGGCCGUGAUUUAAUGGCUUGUGCCCAGACUGGAUCUGGAAAAACGGCUGCUUUCUUGGUGCCGAUCCUGAGCAAAUUGUUGGAUGAUCCACAAGAUCUGGAAAUCGGAAAACCGCAGGCGGUGAUUGUAUCCCCAACUAGGGAGCUGGCAAUUCAGAUCUUUAGCGAAGCGAGGAAGUUUGCUUUCGAGUCAUACCUAAAGAUCAAUAUUGUUUACGGUGGCACCUCGUUCAAACAUCAAAACGAGUGCAUUACCAAAGGCUGCCAUGUGCUAAUCGCCACUCCGGGACGGCUUUUGGACUUUGUUGACCGCGCUUUUAUUACGUUUGAAGAUACUCGUUUCGUUGUGUUGGACGAGGCCGAUCGAAUGCUAGACAUGGGCUUUUCGGAAAGCAUGCGGAAAUUUAUGACCCAUCCGACAAUGCGUCCGGAACACCAAACAUUGAUGUUCUCUGCCACGUUUCCAGAGGAAAUCCAGCGUCUGGCUGGUGAAUUCUUGAAUAAUUAUGUCUUCGUUACUAUUGGCGUAGUGGGCGGAGCUUGCUCGGAUGUGCAGCAGACCAUUUACGAAGUUAAUAAGUUCGCCAAGCGAUCCAAGCUAAUGGAAAUCCUUCGCGAGCAAGCAGAUGGUACCAUUGUCUUUGUAGAGACAAAGCGUGGCGCCGACUUUUUAGCUUCGUUCCUGUCAGAAACAGAAUUUCCAACGACCUCGAUUCAUGGCGAUCGUCUCCAGAGUCAACGCGAGCAGGCCUUGCGUGACUUCAAGAACGGCUCUAUGAAGGUUAUCAUAGCUACUUCGGUGGCGGCUCGUGGACUUGAUAUCAAGAACAUCAAUCAUGUGGUCAACUUUGAUAUGCCCAACAACAUCGAUGACUACGUGCAUCGCAUUGGACGCACAGGUCGUGUAGGCAACAAUGGACGGGCCACAUCAUUCUUUGAUCCUGACCACGAUCAAGCUCUUGCAGGAGACUUGAUAAAAAUCUUGGAGGGAUCUGGCCAGACUGUUCCGGAGUUUCUACGUGACCUAGGUGGUGGUGGUGGCGGCGGCGGUGGAGGUUACUCCAACAAAAAGUUCGGUGGCGUGGAUGUGCGUGGCAGGGGAAAUGCCGUGGCCGAAGCUACCUACGCUGAGGCUGACGAGGAGUGGGAUUAAUUAAAAACCUUUGGA